AUGCGGUACUUUUGUUUGACGGUUUUGAUUAUAUAUCUUGGUACUGUUGAAGCUGGUCUGUUUUUGAAUUUAAAAGACGAUGUUGUAGCUAUUUGGGAGGAACGUCAUGCUCAAAAGAAAGCUACAAGUGUAAAAGAGAAAAGAACAUUUAGAAAAUUUUUGAUUGAACCUUCAAAAAAUACGACAUUACAUCAGAAUAAUGUUACACAUCUUGCAAGGGCUAGAAACGGUGAUCAAAAAUCCACUGAUUUUGAUGCAGCUGCUAAAUUCCCAGUACCAAUGCCGGUUUUCAGAACUGAGCUAGAUAAUCAGAAUGCCCACUCACCGAAAGAAAACAAAGUGUCUCAAAAUAAAACCAAUAUCUUCAAACUUGGGAGAUCAUCAAAUAAAUAUGCUAUAGACACUUCUGUAUCUGAGGUCAACAGUUUUUUAAACACACCAAACAUUAUUGGAUCCAAAGCAAAAUUUAAAACGCUGACAGAUAACAAUAAUAAGGAUGGUAUGAAAAAGGACAGAAAUUCUGAAAUACAUAAACUUAAAAAAGAGAGAAAGCCCGAAAUCUUACAAGAUCAAAAUAAGUCCAGUAUCUUAAAUAAAGAAGGAGUCACAAAUAUAUUUUCCAAAGUAACCCGUAAAUUAAAACUUAUGUCUAAUGGAAUAAUAACUAAAAAUGAAAAUAAUGUUAAGUCAAGAGAAAUUUUUAGAGAACAUUCCAAAGAUUUUUACGUAUCAAAAGACCAUAGCAAAACAUUAUCAGGUCAAAAUAAUACAGCUUCUGUGGAAAAGGUUAGACCACAUGAAAAACACACCGAUACGAUAAAACAUAAUUUGACAAAACACCAUGAAACUCUCGUUAAUACCCCGAAUUUUAGAGGGCGUCUAAUUGAUAGUGACUCAUCAUCAAUAAGUUCAGAUGUUGAUAGAAUAACGGGGAUGGAAGAAUUUAAAGACCAAUGGAUGCAAAAGAAAUAUGAAGCUCUUAACUCGACACAGCUUCGAGGAGACGUUGUUAAUAUGGCAGCUGCUAGACCAUGGGGAGUUCCUUGCGGAGAUCCUAAUCAGCAUGACACACCAUGGGGCUCCUGUACGACGCCGGCAGAAUGUGAUCCAGAAUAUCGCAUAUAUCGAGGUGAUUAUUUUUGCGGACGAACAUCAUUUGUUUGUUGCACCUUAAUAAUGACAAAUUACGACUUGUACCAAGGAUUAGACAUAUCUAUGGAAGGUAGUAGCGAAUCUACGGAUUCAAGUGAAAUAAAAAAUCAUAACCCAGAUGAAGUUGCUAGAAAAAUACAAAAAAAGAAACAUAAGAAACGGAGAAGGGAAAGAGCAAGAAAAAAGAAAUUAAUCAGAAAUCAUAUUAAGCGUAUUACAAGACAAUUUAAGAGGAUACUGAACUCGGCUUAUAGGAACAGGUCAGCGGAGACCAGAAAAAAAACUGUGGCUUUGCAGAAAUUUAUAGAGAAUAUGAAAGAAGAGUUCAAGAAAGACCGAAUCAGUCUUCUGAAAAUUCGACAUUACGACGUUUUGAAAAUGUAUGAUAAGCUCCAGGCAAAAUUGAAUAAAAUUACAUCUUUUAAUGAGAAUUUUAUGAACAAUGACACUUUUAGAAAUAUCGUUUUAAAUGGAGAUGUCGAUAAAGACAAACUUAAGCAAUAUUUACGAUCGCAACCGGAGUUUAAGAAAUAUUUUAAAAAUAAACGUAGAUAUAGGACUAAGGGAAUAAGUAAAAAUACUAGGAAUGUAAAGCACAUGAAAAGGGUCAAUGAAAGAAAGCCUAAAAAACGUAAUUUAAGAAAAAGAAAACAUGAAAAGCGAAAUUCCAAAAAGCGGAAUUAUCCUCAUGCGAGAAGAAAUGGUAUUACAGAUUUGGACUUUGGGAUGGAUGAAGAAGAUCAACAACUGGAGAAUAUUCAACUUAAAAAUUUUGAUUACGAUGUUGAAUACGGCGUGCUUUAUUACUAA